ACUGAAUGACACAAGUAGAAAAUAUUUGCAAACAGACUUUCAUGUUUGCACCAGUUAUUGUUUUCUGAGAUGUGAAAUGUUUUGUGUGUGUUUUUGAUGUCCCCCCCCCAUUUUUUAUUGUCUUCUCAGACCACUAAAGAGAUGAUUGCACGCUCAUGUGCUACAAUUGUCACACACCCUUUUCAUGUGAUCACUCUCAGAUGCAUGGUCCAGUUUAUUGGUAGAGAAGCCAAAUACAGUGGUGUCUUUGACUCCAUAGUUACCAUCUACAGAGAAGAGGGAAUCCUGGGUUUUUUUGCUGGCCUCAUUCCUCGUCUACUGGGUGAUGUUCUUUCCCUGUGGAUCUGCAACAUGCUUGCUCACUUCAUAAACACAUACGCUAUAGAUGACUCGACGAGUCAUACAGGAGAGAUCAAAAACUGCUCUCAAGCUGUGACCGGGUUUUUUGCAAGUAUGCUGACGUAUCCAUUUGUAUUGGUGUCCAACCUGAUGGCAGUAAAUAACUGUGGGCUGGCUGGAGGUCUGCCACCUUAUGCUGCCAUUUAUCCAAACUGGCUCCACUGCUGGAGUCACCUGAGCCGAGAGGGCAACAUGAGCAGAGGCAACAGUCUGUUCUUCAGAAAGUUGCCUGCAGGGAAGAUGUAUGCCAUUGAGCAGAAGAGAUUUUUUUGAAUGGGAAGCUAUCAGUAUAGUCUAAAAUUAUAAUAAUAUAAUUGAGCUGGCCCACAAAGUUGGACUCCUAAUUCUUCGUAUACACUUGUUUAAGAUGACAAACUUUUUUUGAUAAUCAGUCCGCAUCAGCCUCCAGAAUUAUUGCUGUUAAUUUUAUCAGUACAUUGUUUUCACUACAUUACGAUGCGAUUUGAAAUCGUGAAACAUAAAUAGCUUUAUUUUAAUACCCAGGGAUUUGUAUACAUAACCAAGUAAAACAGACCACAGUAUAAUUUCAGUGGAGCACUCAAGGGCGCUCUAGACCAUCUGUGCCUGAGUCCAGUACAGGCCCCUUACAUCUGUUUUUUGUGCUUGACCAUAUUGCUUGUCAGUAAAACAGUAAUUCUACAUCUGCUGUUGUUUCUACUGGUUCAUGCACUGACUGACUGACAAACAAGAAAUUCUGUACCCUGUUAAUAGUACACUGUGUUGUGUGUGUCCAUGUGAGAGGAAGAACUGUGUGUGUUGUGGAGGGUGAUUUCCAGCCACAUCCAUCUGAGCUCUAGUCUAGUCAAAAUCAGUCGAGAUUUUUAUUUCUAAUGACAUUCUAUUUGACCCAAAUAAAUGUGAGAAUGCUU